UAGGAUAAUAGUGUUGUGCGUGAGCCUUGUGCGUGAGUUCGGGCUUCGGUUGCAGACACGUUCGGGACCGCGCUUCGGUCCGGUUAACGUGACGCGCUCGCGCACCUCGGAUGCUGCGAUGCCGUGACGGUGACACGCGUGUAGAGCCGCGCAGCUCCGCGUGACACACGUUUGACAGCUCCCGUCAUGCUCUCGCCCCGGGCCGUAUCGAGGUACGGAGUCAGUCAGUCAAAAACGGAAGAUGGACCUUCGAGCAGUUCUUCAGUAACACCAGGACUGGCGUCCCCGGACAAGGAGGAUGUGAAAUUACUGGCCGUCCCCUUCAGCGGUCGCAUCAAAGGGGGGAUGAGGCCGGGGAAGAAGAUCGUCGUCAUGGGCAUCGUGGAUCCCGAGCCGGAGAGCUUCGACAUCAGCCUGACGUGCGGCUGUGGCACCGAGGAGGAGCCGCCCGGCGACGUGGCGCUCGAGCUGUGCGCCCGCUUCGUGGACCGCCAGUUCCUCCGCAAGGCGUGCGUCUCGGGCACGUGGGGCGAGCCGGAGAAGCCCAUCCCCUACUUCCCCUUCAUCGAAGACCAGCCCUUUAGGAUUGAGAUUCAUUGCGAGCACCAGCGGUUCCGAAUAUUCGUAGAUGGGCACCAGCUGUUUGACUUUUACCACCGAGUGGUGUCCCUGCCGGCCAUCGACACGAUUAGGAUCAACGGGAGUCUACAGAUCACCAAACUGGGGUAGCCGCUGCAAUACCCGCGGUCCUGAUGUGUAUUUGUAAGAUUUGGUCACUCGGAGCCUCUCUGUGCCCUUUCUAGAUACAAACCUGUUGACAUUUAGCGUAGUAAAAUACAGUAAACCACACGGCAAAGCACCCUCCCAGUUCGCAUGCAGAUGACUGGUCACGGUGUGGCGUUUUUAUCUUCCUCUUAGAAGGAGGAAUCUUUUGUAUAGUCUUUUUUUUUUUUUUUUUUCCGGUCAGGGAUGUCACAAUAUAAUGUACGAAUGUUGGUAAAGCGCGCGCCGCGAGUGCGGCUGCGCAACCUUCGCUUGCGUAAGAACAUCUAGCGGCGCGAAACCGUUCGGAAAUAAUCUCAAGCGGUUAAUUUUUGUAAAUCGAUUUAUGAAAAUAUCUGAAUCCUCAGGAAAAAAAAAAAAAAUAUCGAAGGCAUAUUUAUGUGAAAUGUAUUUAAUAAUUGACCGGAAAGAUAACGGUGGUUAUCGUAGGCGUGAGGUAACUUACGGGCUACGAAUACGGGUUUCGCGUUUUGGGAAUCGGUUGGGAAAUUAUUUUUCCUGGGCGAGUAACGCGGUGUUUCGCUCGAUACGUUCGACGGGAAAUCAACAUUAAGAUUAUAUUGUGAAGUCUCCUUUCAAAGUGUAGCGGCGUUCCGAGCGUUUUUAGAUACGUCGCGAGCGUUCGUUAAUCGUACAGCUUGACGUCCCAUCGUGAAUUUUCCCUAGUUUACUUCUUGCACUAAUAGAGCUGUGCGUUACGAGUAGGAUGGACUAACAUACAUGUGGGCUCAAGAAACACAACUGAGAGGACCUGGUUUAUUUUGAUCGUUUACUUCGCCAUCUCACCGUGGUUCUUGGUUCGCACACCAGUUCUUAACUGGCAUUUGCACUUUUUUUUUUUUCUCUCUUGUCUUAUUUGGAGUAGGAUGAUAGCGAGAAAAUGACUACAGAAAGCAGCCACCUGUGGCUGUUCGCAGCGCCUCGUGCGGCCCGGAAAUGUCCAAGGGCUCCUCAAAUCCACCGCUGUCCUUUCUCCAAGUACCCGCUCUUCCGCCAUUUCUUGAACGUACCCCGAUUGGUUCGCGGCAGAGUUGACAAGGUACUCCUUUGUAACUGCGCGGAAUCCUACUUUUAAGCAUUAGGUGGCGUGGCGGUUAGAGCCGCAGCCUUCGGACCUCGAGGUCGCAGGUUUGACUUCUCUCUCCUGCUGUAGUAUCUUCAGUGAAGGUACCACCCCCGAAUUGCCACACUAAAAAUACCCAGCGGUAUAAAUGGGUAAAUCACAGUAAGUAGCUUAACAUUGAUACGUCUCUUAGGAGAAAAGCGUCAGCUAAAUGAAUUAGGACAGAAGGGGGGGAAAAAAAGAUUCCACGCACCUAGUUCCUCGGUGCCAUAUCUAGGCAGCGUUCGUCUUUAGGGCUGGUUGGAACCGCAGCGAUGGUUCGUAUUUGCAUAAGGAGAACCGUAAUAUGUAAAAUGUCAGAGAUCACACCGCUCGCCUCAUUCUGGCGGCACGAAUGGUGAGACCGAUGAAAAUUUACAUAAAAACCUUUCUCUCGUGCUUUACUCGCAACCUUUUUAACCCAAACCGGGAAUGACGAGUCUUCCUUAAACGAUGGGAAAUGAGUUGCAUCCCAACUUUGGCCGUUAUACGUAGCUAAGUGAAAUACCUCCGUUAAAAAAGCACUUAGAAUAAGAUGCGGUUUUGGUGCUCUUGGUGUGUGUGACAGGUGUGGGAGCUGCUGACUGGCUGCUGUCCUGGCACGGUGGCUCUUGAGAUGCCCGUCUGCUCACGCGCCGAGCGGUAGCAGCUGCUCCUCGGAACACAGAUGCUGCAGAUGCCAGUCUCCCCAAAUUGGAUGUAGAGCUCUUCCUAUUUCUCACAUAUAAGCUGUAAGCCUGCAGUACGGAGGCUUUAUUUGCCUGCCCCAUAUCCUGGGUUGGUUUUGGUCCCAGGAUCGGAGAUCCCACACAGCGCUUUGCUCUGUUGACAGAACCGGGCAGAACAAAACGUUGCAAAGGAGAGUACGAAAGUCAAACGUGCUGCAUUGUCUUGUCGUUCCCCCUCGAGCUUUUUUGGCAGGUCGCGCUGUGCCGACGCUCCGGCCUUCGAAGUUUCCUCUGCUCCGACGGGAAGGCCGUCAAAGGAAAAAACACGCCGAGGUGUUCCCGGGAAGUUUCGGGAUCUGUGCCAAUAAACGUUUCAGUCGCUGACGGCAUUCCACGGUAGGAAGGAUCGCUGUUCGCCGAGUGCUGGAGGACUCGUUCCAUCCUCAUGUCCGCAGUUUUUACCAGUGGCUUUCACUUGUUUUUCAAAAUAUAAUUUCAGUGUGAAAAAUCUGUUCAACCUGGGACCAAAUGCUUAUACUGAUAGCGACGUAAACGCAACUGUGUUUAAUAAGACUGAUCAUCACGUCUUUGGAAGCAAACUAAAGUCUUCAUUAUUAGCUACCAUUCGCACACCAUUCCGCUGAGAAGAGUAUGGAAGUCAUUUGCUCAUGUUUAGGCUACUCGCAUUUCCAACAGCUCUCACUUUAAAACGUAUUAUUAUCAUUAUUAUCUUAAAUCACGAAAAAAAUUUUCAGAAAAAUCCACAAAACAAUGCAGAUGCAUAAAGGCAAUGAUCGCGGUGCAAAAUGGUACAUAAGGUAACGCAUAGAUAUAGUUACGCUUUAGAGGUGCAAUAAUAUUAAAAACAUUCAAUGAGAAAUAAAACCUAAUAAGAUGUUUUGGGAAAAAAAAAAAAAAAAACCAUGUAAAAUGUCUUAAACAUUCUUCCUGCACUGUUUUUAUGUAGUAGUGAGGAACAAAUGAGUUUUCCUGCCCUAUACAUUGUCCAAACCGCUUGGCCCAUGUGGGGUCACGGAGAGCCAGAGCCUAACCUGGCAACACAGGGCGUAAGGCUGGAGGGGGAG